AUGAAAGGAUAUACAUAUGAAAUCAUAGCUGCAACAUCGGAUGGAUACCCAAGCGACGAAGUGGCAGAAUGGCUAGAGAUAGACAGAAGCACCGGAGCGAUCUAUACGAAGAAGCAUCCUUUACCUCCAAAAGUCAAGCAAAUUCGGCUCUACAUCAGUAUGAAGAAAGGAAAGCGGGAAGUUCCAGUGGAGCUCAUCAUAAACGUGGUGGACACAUCUGACUCAGCGCCAUUUUUCAACAAGAAAAUCUUCAAAGCUGUUGUCUCUGAAGAUUCUCGAGUUGGAUCGCGAUUGCUUCAAGUAAAAGCCGAAGCAGAUGGAGACAGCCCUCUGAAGUAUACACUAGAAGUUGUAUCGGGACCACAAGAUCUUCUCGAAAUCGAUGACGAGGGGUUCAUUAAAAACAAAGGGAAGCUCGAUUUUGAGACUUAUCGGAAGUUGGAGGGACGAGUUACCGUAAUCGAUAGAGAUGGGAACAAUGCGACCACUAACUUUUCAAUCCUUCUCACCGAUGCCAAUGAUAACAGGCCUGUAUUUGUGAAUGGGUCGGUCUUCACUACCUAUAUCAACGAGUCUGCAAAAAUCGGAACCGUACUAGAGUUACCGUAUCCGCUCGCUAGAGAUGGAGAUCAGGGGAAAUUCUCUCGACUUCUUUACGCGCUAGUUGGCGACGAUGGACACUUCAAAAUUAACAAAAGGUAUGGAGCCUUCCGACAUUAA